CCGGUUGCGUACGGUUGCACUUUGCACGUCGUCUUUCGCGCGGUUCGUUCCUCACGUCCCGUGGUGUGAGGCAGUGCGGAAUACGACAGAAGGCUACUGCAGUUUGUUUUUAUGCAACCUGCCGGCUAAUUAGUGCGCUCGUUCCAAGUCGAGUGUUGUAGAGCAGCGAACAGCAGUUGCAGUGCAAGCCCCGAUCGCGACGGACGUGCUUCUUCCGUUUUCGUCAGCUGAGUCCAGUUUAUGAAAUUGCGUACUGCGAGCUACGAGCUCCUCGAACCUUGACUCCGGGAGGACUUUCGCGAAAGUUUGUGCGUGACAUUUUUUUUCGAAAGUGAUCUGUUCCACUCCGGAGUCCUAAGAUAGUGAUGAUGGUGCUGGUGGACCUGAUUCGAUCUGUUUCUGCUGCUGCUGCGGGCGCUUCGGGAGGACAACGACAUCGACAGCCAGAAGGACGCUGCAUCAGCGGCAGCACGGAAAUGCAAUUAACGAAGAAUUUGGUGCAAAUAAAGUGAAAACGUGUGUCGUUUGGUUGAUUUAUGGGAUUUGCAUUUAAGUGUAGAGGACCGUGCCGCGGCCUGGGAAGAUUUCGGAUUUUAUUACACAGAAUACGAAUUUGAAGCGCUGAAAAGAAGUGGCCUAUCAAGCUGACUAAACACGCGCGAGCGCUGUUUUCGGAGAAUAUUGACUGGCGCGUUUUGUAGGUAGAAGAAUUGUUUGAUGCUGUGGGCAGGGAGUUUUGUCCUGAAUAAGCGCGCAGAUUGGUGACUUGUAAAACGAUCAUGUGAAGAGCAGUUCAGCUGAAGUUUAUUUGUGCCAUAAUACGUAAACGUAGAACGAGAACAAAUGUUUAAGAUGUUGUACGCGCUCGGUGUAGUGAAAUUGAUCCUAAUCCAACACCUGAUCGGUGCAUCACCUACGUUGAACACCGGCAGCGGAACCAUGACGAUCAACCGGAGACACACAGACAACUUGCUGAUUGCGCGGUGUCGUUCCAAAUGUACGAACACAUUCGACAAAAUGAUGUGCGAAACCUCCUGCAUCCGUGAUUAUCUGGAAAACUCUUCGUACAAAAAGUACGGAGACUGUCCGAAAAAUCCGUUGAAUAAGCUGGAGGCUAUUUGCUUCAACACAUGCCAAAAUACCGACUAUCACUGUCCGGGGGUGGAAAAAUGUUGCUCCCAUUCGUGCGGUAUGAGCUGCCAGAGUCCAGUGGGGCUGGAGAAGGUCCGUGGUCUACCACCGGUUCCGUUCCACGUGACUCUCCGCGAGGCUGGCCGAAGCUUCCGAAUGGCUGAGAUUCAGUGGGAAAUUCCACUGGAGGAAGAACUGUCCAGUGCGAUUUAUUUUGUGGUCGAAUCCCGGCAUCACAUCGGAAUCAGUUUCGCCGAACGUAAGAUGGAAAACGACUGGCAGUAUCACACGCCAACGGUGAUCUACGAGGUGGGGCGACCUGGUAGUCAGAAGCGUUACGUUGGUGAGAUGAAACUAAAACCUGGACGCUGGUAUCAGGUGCGAGUAGCGGCUGUCAAUGAACUUGGUACCAAAGGGUAUUCGGUCGUCUCGAAGGAGUUUCAGCUGAGUAAAAAACCGAACCCGCCACAACAACCGAAGAAUCUCACGUUGGGGCCGCUUGUGUUGAACGGUAACGGGACGUACAACAGGAAAAUUACGUGGACUCUGCCACGAUCUGAUCUCCCGGUAGAGAAGUACAAAAUCAGCUGGAGUCUGUAUUUGAAUGAAAGCAGUGGCGCGCGGAUGGGGAACUCGUCACUGUUCAAGGAAACUGCAACUGUUUCGGCGCCCGCACGACAUUACGAGAUUAAAGGACUGCAGCCGAAUAUGUAUUAUUAUCUGCAGAUACAUGCCAUAAGCGUGUACGGGAAACGACGGUUGAAGUCACCGGCCAAUCACGAACUGAUGUAUAUCUCCGCCGAGGCAGGCGGAGCUGUGAAGCUGCCCAACAUGGACAAUAUGCUAAUGAAUGAUGCAAGCUAUCAUCGUCGAACAAAAUCGGGUUUGGCCGCCCAGGGUCUUAGCUACAAGUUUGUAUCGCGUAAAACGGGCCUUGCAGUGCGGCUGACCUGGCCGGAAAAGAACCUCGCUGGACGCUAUCGGUUACACCUAUGCCGGGGGACACGUGACUGUCUCACCAAACCGAUGGGAUCCAACUCGCACGAUGUGAUUGUGAAGCAGAAAACCUCGUACGAGUUCUCCCGCCUAGAAUACGACACCAAAUACACGGUUGGCCUGAGCCACAACAACCGCAGGCGUGUCGCUGCGUUGUCCAACAAGAAGGAUCGCGCUCGACGCCAACCAGGAUCUCAUUCCGGAAGCGGUGCUGCCGUAGGAGGAUACGAUCACGUGAGAACCUUCGUCACACCCAAGUGUGAUCAUUUUCGCAAGACACACCCCGAACCGCGGUUCGAGUGUCCGACGUGAGCUGAUGUAGUAUUUUUUCCCGGGUGGAUCGCUUCUACUGUGAAAUUGCAUUCCCGCCAUAACUUGCCCACUUUAUUCUGCUUACAAUGAUUAAACGGGCUUUCUUAUUGUGUUUGUUUGUUGUAAGUUUAAUUAGCUUAUUUUGUUAUUUUUUACGCUGUGCGGCUGCCAUUUUUUUGCAAUAUAGAAAGAAAUUUAGCUGAUCAACCGACAUACAAAUGUGAAUAUACAAUAAAGAUAGUGUGCAUUUA